UGUAAAACUGUUGAAGCGCUUCCAAGAAUAAUAGGAUCUAUACGGAACGGCUAGUACAGGGUAUAAAGACGCAAAUUACCAUAUUAAGCCAGCUAAUCUUUUUCAGGAACUGGAGUUCCGCACCGUUUAGCGAAACUAAUUAGGAUAAUAAACACCCAGUCCCACUAAAGAAAAAGUAUAGAUAAGCUCAAGUCCGCCGAAAAAAACUGAAAAAUUCCGAAAAUCUGUAUAACUUAAUAUAACUUAAUAUAACUUAAUAUAAUUAGUGCUAUAAUUAUAAUGUCUUUCAGAUCCUUAACUAUUAAACCCGGUAGAUUAUUGAAUACCAUCCAUGAGACAGCUCAAAGAUUCGGAGCAAAAGGUGUUUGGGGUCCAGAAUCAACUCAAACUGGAGUUUGCCGAUUAUCCUUAAGUGAUUAUGAUAAGGGUGUUCGUGAUUGGUUUGUUGAACAAACUAAAUCUUUAGGAUGUGAAGUCAAAAUUGAUGAGAUUGGAAAUAUUUUUGCCAUAUACCCGGGUAAGAAUAAUGAUGCCAAACCUACAGCUAUUGGAUCUCAUUUGGAUACUCAACCUACAGGUGGAAGAUAUGACGGAGUGUUGGGAGUACUAUCAGGAUUAGAAGUAUUGAGAACUAUUAAAGAAAAUGGAUUCGUUCCAAAUUAUCCUAUUGCUUUAAUCAACUGGACUAAUGAAGAAGGUGCAAGAUUUCCAUUAUCGAUUAUGGCCUCAAGUGUUUGGUCUGAACAAAUUCCUUUAGAACAAGCUUAUAAACUUCAAUCGGUGACUGAUAUUGAUCCAGUAACUGUCGAACACGAAUUGAAAAGAAUUGGAUAUUUGGGUCCAGUUAAGGCUCUGUAUAAAACCAACCCAAUUGCAGCUCAUUUUGAAAUUCAUAUUGAACAAGGACCAGUAUUAGAGGAUGCUAAUGAGAAGAUUGGAAUUGUUAUCGGUGUUCAAGCUUAUUCUUGGUUUAAAGUUAGAGUCUACGGUAAAGCUCAACAUACUGGAACGACACCUUUAGCUGCCAGAUCAGAUGCUAUUUUAGCAGCCUCUAAAAUGAUAAUCAAGGGUAAUGAAUUAGCUAAGAAACAUAAUUGUCUUUUCAGUGUAGGGGUAUUUACACUUAAACCAGCAGUUGUGAACGUCAUUCCAGAAUUCGUAGAAUUUAUAAUUGAUGUUAGAAAUGUAAAGGAUGACGGUUUAUCAGCAAUUCUUGAAGAGAUCAAAGAUGAAUUCCCCAAGAUUUCAAAGGAAUCUGGGAGAAAUCUUUCAGUUGAAUUUGAAUUAAUUUACACUUCAAAUGCUGUCAAUUUCCAUUCUGAUUGUAUUAACUGUGUCCGUGACAGUGCUAUAAGCAUUGUAGGAAAGGAUAAAGUGAGAGAAAUGAUCAGUGGAGCAGGUCAUGAUUCUUGUGCUACUAACAGUAGAGUUCCUACUUCAAUGAUUUUUAUUCCAUCCAAAAAUGGAGUUAGUCAUAAUCCUGAAGAGUAUAGUUCACCAGAAGAAAUACAUACUGGACUUGAAGUAUUAUUGAAUGCAGUAUUACAGUAUGAUGCAUUCAGAAGCAACUAGUAAACAAAGAAAAUAGUUCUUAUUUGUA